AUGCCUUCGCUGUCACGGCAACCGUCCAAUCCUCCUUCCAUUUACACAAACAACACUAGCACUCAGAGCCCAACCAAUGCUAUUCAGUCAGCUGUUCCAUCCGUCAUGCCAUCUAUUCAGCCAUCUGUAUAUAUGCAGCCAUCUAGUUACCCUUCAGAUCAGCCAUCCAUUCUCCCAACACCACAAACUUCCAAUCAACCUUCCCUUUUGCCUUCACAAGCGCCAUCCGACCAAGAAUCCGACAUUCCCUCGUCACAUCCAUCGUACACUCCCACAAAAGGUACAGGCAUUCCAUCCAUGGCUCCAUCCAAUCAACCUUCUCAAACACCAACCAUACCAGCCACCACCGCCACUCCAACCUUUCUUCCCACUAUCUAUAGAGCACCCACAAAUAGUCCUACGAGAAUGCCAACGACAAUCAAUCCCACCAAUACACCCACGACAGCAGCUCCCACUCCCUGCAUUGCCAAUCGCACGAAUGUACUCGAGUACUAUCAAGUCUUUUUGGAAGCUUUCGACACAUCUGCCGUAUCGGAUGACGUGCUUAUUGAUGCCUUUCUAAACACUUAUGAUAGAAUUGCACCGGACGAAGGAUCUUGUCAAACAGCCCAUAUUCACCACAUUACAGUCGAUGUGGAUCGAACACAACAGCGAAACUUGCAACAACAGAACGACAAUGACAAUGCAGCCGAGGCCGCCAUUUCUAUUGAACGGGUGGGGUACUCGGUCUUCUCCAAACAAACGGAACCCGUACAAGGUCUACUCCCCAUACCCACCAUGCGCAUUUCCUUUGUAGUACUCAUGAAUCAAUACUUUGCAGAUCAACAGAUUCCUCUCACAUCAUUGACCAUUCAACAAACAUCCUUUCCCAGUGCGGCACCCUCCAUGGGUCCUUCUGUUUCGCAAGCACCGUCCCAAGAACCCUCCCGUGCGCCUACAACAGAGCGGCCAACGACAUUCCAACCAACGCCAAGACCGUCUCCUGAUCCCUCUGGAAUGCCGUCAUUAGAUCCAACACCAGGUCCUACUUUUUGGCCAACUUUUUGGCCGACACCUGGUCCCACACGGCAACCAACAGGGCCUCCAACUCUUAGACCUUCACCUUUUCCCACUAAUUGGCCAACACCAUCACCCACAUCCCUACCUCCAACUCUUAGACCUUCGCCUUAUCCUACUAAUUGGCCAACACCAAUACCCACAACACAACAACCAACAUUAAACCCAACUCCAAUGCCAACAAAUAGACCCACUGCAACGCCCACACAUGUUCCAUCAAACAGACCAACUCCUUCUCCAACUCUUAGGCCUUCGCCCGAUCCCACUCGGCUGCCAACAGAGCCUCCUACAAUGCAUCCAACUAAACCUCCAACAGAAUCUCCGACGCGUAUGCCAGUUCCUUUCCCCACAACACCAAGUCCAACAACUCAAACUCCAACGGAACGACCAACUCUGCAACCAACUCCUGCACCGACUAACCGACCAACGCAAAGACCCUCUCCCGUUCCCACUCCGGUUCCCACGACACGGCCAACCACAGCACGUCCCACAACAGCCAGGCCAACACCCGUGCCAACACAACAACCAACGACUAUGAGACCCACGCCAGUGCCCACACCAGUGCCUACAGUGGUCCAAACUUCGUUCAUCACGAGUAGACCCGUCACAGCCAGACCCACAUAUCGACCCACGUCAAAUCCUACUCGACAACCAACUCCCAUGCCCACUAAUACAAAGGCGCCCACGCCAUCCCCUACAGUUGCACCGACAACCAGACGUCCAUCACCAGCACCAACGCCAUUGUUGGGUCAGUGCCAAGGAGAUUGCAACGGCUCGGAAGAUUGUCAAGCUGGAUUGGUUUGCUUUCAACGAGAUUUUGGGGAUCCGGCACCACCGGGGUGUUCUGGCGUGGACACGUCUUCCUUUACGGAUUAUUGUAUUCGGAGUGACACGUUGACCCGCAACCCCACCCACAAACCAACAGUUGCUCCUACAGCAAGACCAUCCUUGCAGCCUUCCCGACGCCCUACAGCCUCUCCAUCCAUGGGUCCGUCUGCUGCACCAAGCUUCGUUCCAUCCACUGGGCCAAGCUUGGCUCCAUCGACCCGUCCCAGCCUAGUCCCUUCCGUAAUACCUUCUUCUGAGCCCUCGCUGGGCGUGAUGCAAAUUCCAUCCUCCGUUUCCUUGCCUGGAACAGCGGGACUGCCGUCCCCGUCGGCACAACCCAACAAUGAGAAUUUACAGAGUCCGUCAACAAUGGCACCGUCAUUUGGUGGUCCAAGCGGUAGUGCCCCAGCCACGUCGUCACCAAGUGUAGCAUCGACCUUUCCACUUCGUCAAGCGGAAUUGAAGCUCGCAGUUUUGGUGUUGGAAGUCGUGCCAGCGUUCUUACCAGCGGAUAGUCUGGAGAUUUGGAAAAAUGCCACGGAGAGCGCCAUUACCAACGAAGCGAUUCGGGCGCGGCAAGCAGGGACAUCAGGGAUCCUGACGAUUGAGUACGAUGUGAAUUUUGCGGUGCAUACCAUUGUGGACGAACUGGAUACGCGGCGCUACGUGGGUGCUGCCUUUGAUUCGCCAGAGGAUCAACAAGUCUUUAUCGACGAAUUGAAAUCCAGUGGCGACCCCAAUUUUGCCGCUUUGACAUCCAUUCGCUCCGAAUUGGACAGCAGUACCGCCAUUGUGGUCAUUCCUGCGGCAUCGAUGGAAGAGCAAGAAAUACCACGCGAUCCGGAGAACAAGGAUGACGGUGUGGAUGAUGAAUGA